CAGUCUGGCAGCGUAACAUCUGUGCGUACGCGGUCGUGAUUGUUGUGAAGAUGGCGGAGGGGGAGACAGAGAAGGAAUAUGAUACACGGAAAGCUAUCGAGGAGCUCCAAGAGCGGUUCCAGGCUUUGACCACGGCUUUAAGAGAGAGUUCGCAGUCUUCGUCGGAGGCUUCCCUGCAUUUCUGCCAGGAAUUCUGCCAGGUCUUGGUGGAACAUGCAGGCCGUUGGAAAACAGACGAGGACCCGCUGCCUCUCCUGGAGGUUUACACAGUGGCCAUCCUCAGCUUCGCGAAGGCUGCUUCCUGUCUCUCCUCCGAAUGUGAAAACGUGCCACUCCUACUUGAAAAGUUAGCGUUGAGCUGUGCGGAGCUGCUGCUUUCAGUGCCCCAGCAUGUCCCUGGUGCCUUAUGGAAGGAGUUUCAGUCCUCCAUGAAGUUGGCACACGGCCUUUUGCAAGAAAGUGGGAGCACGCAGCUCCGGCUGCUCUCAGUUCUGGCACAGCAGGACGGCGUCUGGGCCAACAGCACAUUAAGCAGCAUCCUGUCCAAUCAAAUUCCUCCAACCGAACAAGUGCACGAGUAUCUUGAAUCAGAGGGUCCCACACUUGUCAACAUGCGAAUAAAGCACCUUAUCAAGGUCGACAGUAUCGAUAAAGCGGCUGUCCUCGCGAAGAUGUGCUCAGAGUUUCCGGGGUAUGAAGGAAAAGGGAACUUCAAACCGACCUACUUGCUUUGCAUCUGCAUGACAAAAAGCCAAGAGCAACUGAUGGAAGAAAUCUCGCCGGUAGACUGUAAGGACGCUCUUGAAAUGAUCUGCAACCUGGAGUCGGAGGGGGACGAGAAAGGAGCUCUGUGCUUGUGCACGGCCUUCCUUAAGCGGCAGCUGAUCCAGGGAGACGUUUACUGUGCUUGGGAACUCACUUUGUUCUGGAGUAAACUGCUGAUGCGGUUAGAGGCUUCAGCUGAUUCCUUUCUCAGCCACAGCAAAGAGAUGGCUCUCCUCUGCAGAAACGUCUGCCACAUCCUGUUUCUCAUCAAAGUAAUCCAAAACGAGGUUGAAGAGGUGGGGCUUCCAGUAUGUGUAGAAAUGUGCAUUCAAGCUCUGAAAAUGACCUCCACUGAUCAUAAAGACAGCAAAUCUACCAUCUGCAAGACUAUUUCCUGCAUCUUGCCAACUGAUCUCGAGGUUAAACGUGCAUGCCAGUUGACAGAAUUCCUCCUGCAGCCUACCGUUGACUCAUACUAUGCUGUGGAGUCACUGUACAAUGAACCCGACCAAAAGCCAGAGGAAGACGGGAGUCUGCCAGUGCCCAAUUCUUUACGCUGUGAGUUACUGCUGGCCUUGAAGACACAGUGGCCUUUUGAUCCAGAGUUCUGGGACUGGAAAACGUUGAAACGCAACUGCUUAGCUUUGAUGGGUGAUGAGGCAGCUAUAGUCUCAUCUAUUGACACACUCAAUGACCCAGAUGAUCACGACGUGGAGAGUGCACUUGGCAAGCUUCCUGAAUACAAAGAUCUAGAGGACUUCCUCUUAACCACUACAAAUGAACUCAAUGAAAUUACAGACGAAAAAGAAAAAAACAGAGAGGCCAAAAAACUCCGGGAGCAGGGGUUCGUGUCUGCUCGGUUCAGAAACUGGCGAGCCUACAUGCAGUAUUGUGUUUUGUGCGAUAAGGAGUUUUUAGGUCACAGAAUUGUUCGUCACGCUCAAAAGCAUUUCAAAGACGGGGUGUAUCUUUGUCCAAUUUGUGCUGACGGUUUUGAAAGUAGAGAGAUUUUGGAACCACAUGUAGCAUCACAUGUCAAGCAAUCAUGCAAAGAGAGACUGGCGGCAAUGAAAGCUGCGAGAAAAGUAACCAAACCAUACCAGUCCCCGAAAAGUCCGACGAAGUUCCCUAAGGUCACAGCAAAGACAAGCAUGAGUCCUCUUAAAUCCGAACCGCAAAUCAGUCAGGGUUUGGCACCCCCUGUUAAGAUAGAACAGACUACAUCCGACACUCAAAUGAGUCAGGACUGUUUCUGUCCUGUGAAAAACUGCACUAAGGCUUUCAAGUUUUUCCGUAACUUGAUGGCUCAUGUCAGAUCCCACAAGGAUGACGACGAGGCCAUGAGGUUUUUAGAGAUACAGAAACAGAAAGUGGUGUGUCAGUACUGCAGAAGGCAGUUUGUCAACGUCAGACACCUUAAUGAUCAUUUGCAGAUGCAUUGUGGCAGCAAACCAUACAUCUGCAUACAGCUCGAUUGCAAGGCCAACUUUAAUUCUAAUUCUGAGCUUCUCAUGCACAGAAAAACACACCCUGAAUUUAAAGCUCAGUGCAUGUUUCCAAACUGUGGCCAAGUCUUCAGUGAGGCCUACUUACUAUAUGACCAUGAGGCUCAGCAUUACCUGACCUAUACCUGCCAAACAGAUAACUGUGGCAAGAUAUUCUACUGUCAGUCUGAAUUUUUGGCUCACCAAGACCAACACAGACCAAACAAUGCAGUCAACAAUUUCAUCAUUCUGAACCAACCCCCUUCUGCCGCUGCAAAUGUACAACUGCCGCCUAACAGCACUCCAGUGAAGGAAGAGACCCAUUCUGCUAUUUCUAGCUUUGACAGAAGUAUUACAGCGGUUUGUACAAAAGAAACAGCAAUGGCAAACAUGUCACCAUGUAGAUCAGCUGAGGUUGCUAAAAAGCCUGUUAGCAAGAAAGUGAAGCACUCGAUUGAAAACAUGCUAGGUUCAAUGGCAGUUCAAGAGAUAAAGGAACCUGAGAAAUGCUACACUCCACUCACCAGUUCCACUCCAGCACCUGCUGAUGUGAAUCUACCACCAGACAUAUCACAUAUGCAUCAUAAUGUGACAAGCCAUGGGAAUAUAACUCCAGUGAAUCCUGUUCCUGCUGCAACAAAUCCAGUCGCAAGUCCACAGGAUCAUCUUUGUAAUGACGUACAAGGCAGCAAAUUUCCGAAGGUGCUACCACAAAUAAUGACUCCAAGUCAGAUCAAAACUGAAAUUCCUUCUUCGCUGCAGGGCUAUCCCUCCAGUUCACCCGCUGUUCCUGCAGAACGUGAAGAGAACUUGCACUGCUGCCCAAGUAAUGAAUGUUCUCGGGCGUACAGUACAAACAAAAGUCUGUCUAGGCAUGUGAAGAAGCAACAUCCAGAAAUUUUCGAAGACUGGAAAUUGGCUAAAAAAUAUAACAAAGUGGCUAAAAUCACAGCAAGAAGGGGGAACAGGCCCCCAAAUAAGCCAGGGGUUCUAUGCAACAAACCGGGCAUGCAGCAGAUGGAUUAUUCAGCAGGUUGCUCAGCGCCACCAGCUGAGUGUUUUCCUGGAUCCGUUGAGCCUGUACCUAUUACUCCAAUGGUCAAUCCAACAAUUUACCCAUCCUGGGUUUGCCAAAACAAUCCCAGUGUAAUAAUGCAACCAGACAUGUCUCAAUCCUGGUCUCCGUCGCCUAUGAAUAACUGCUAUCCUGAGACCUUUAAUAUGAAUGAGUACCCCCCUCGCAGCUACCCCCACUGGCAGGCUGACCCUUAUCAAUCCAACUUGCCUCACCCUUCUGACAGAGAUCAUUCAGUGGCAGCUAUGCACUACUCUUCUGUGUCACAUUCUACUUCAGAUUCAAGUUUGAUGUCCCAGUAUGUAUCCAGCUCACUAAUGCUUGAUAAUGGGGGGCAAUUGCAUAAUGGAGGACAUCAGUAUGGACUCAUGCAUUCUGACAGUACUGGGGAGAAUGCAGAUAUGAGGAAAAACAGUACAAGCAUGAUAGGACAUUUGGAUAAUGGAAACAGUAUCUCAACAAUUGACAGCCUUCCCGAUGGAAGUUACCACACUCCGUAUGCUCAGAGUGAAAACUCUUGUCUCACUCAGUCCUCAUCAGUUGAUAUUCCAAUAAAAAGUGUCAGCCCAGAGGCUAAAAGCUUAGAAAAAGGUAUAAAUGUAAUAGUAAAAUCGGAGAACCCAUCAACGCCUGGAUACGAACAGAUGGAAAACUCUGUGGAUGGCAUGCUCAGUCCGAACAGUGUCAUUCACUCAGAUUUUCCUUACGAUGAGGAUUGUCCUAAUGCUGACUGUCAGGCUAACAAUUCAGAUGACAAGACUGGCGAUGCCGAUGCCCAAAAAGGAAAACGCAGCAGGCUGAGCAAGCGAACCAAAUGGCCCGCAAUCAUUAAGGACGGGAAAGUUAUUUGCAGGAGGUGUUUCAGAGAGUUUACCAGCACCAAAUCUCUCGGAGGUCAUCUUUCAAAACGCUCACAGUGCAGACCUCUUGAUGAAAUUGACCUGACAGCAGACCUGCCGACGUCAUUUUUGGAUUUCCUUAAUGACCCCCAUGUUCCUGACACUAAUGGAUCAUUGUAUAAUUUGCCAAAUGGAGGAUUCUCUGAGGAACCAUGCAACUUGACCACGAUGAAUUCACCUCUGAUGUUGAAGAAGGAACCCCAGACCACAAACAUAAUGGACCAUUCAAAACCCUUCUCAGCUGGCCCUGAAGACCAGCAAGAAAAAACACCCGAGCUGGCUAGCCCUCCAGUUGCUGGAUGUUAUCGGGAGAGUAACCUGAUGGAAGUAUCACAUGGAUUUCAAAAGAUGGAUUUGAUUGAGGCUGCGCAAGCAGCACAGGAGAAAAUUCAAAAUGUCUUGGCCUUGGAGCAAAAUUCUACUCAAAGCAAGAAAACCCCUGAAAUAGAGAAAGGUAAAACACCAAGUAAACGUGAUGGGAAGCCUACUGAGAAGAUACCUAAACCGUUUAAGUGUGACCAGAAUGACUGUGAGUACUCAUUCAUGACGAAGGAGGCUUUAUUCAAACACUUGUGCAAAAUGCAUGAUUAUACCAGCGAAAUGAUCGAAGAGCUCAAAAGAACCCCAUCCAAACUGGCUCCAUAUCCAUGUCAGAUUUGCUCAAAAACGUUCACAAGAACAACGGGGUUGAGAAUUCAUUAUGAAAAAGUUCACCGUCUGUCAAAGUCAGAAAUGCAGAAGUUAAGAAUCAAUGCUCGAAGUCGGCGUGCAUUCAGACUUAAAGAUGGUUCUGUUAAAAAUAAUCGCCCAAGCACUGAACCCAGCACCAGUUGCACCAAAAAGUCUGCAUCUGUGAUCCCUAUUUUAAAACAGGAACCACUUGACAUUGCAAUUGCACCUCAGCCGGUUAUUGAAAGCAACCCAAAUCUCCCUGACAUCCCUUCAGGAGAGGCUGUAAAACGGAUCUCGACACCAGAGAUGUCAACUGUUACACGUCUACCGUCUCCACAAAACUAUCUGGCUGAAAGGAUGCAUGAAGACGUGGCACCUCCUGCCCUUGAAAGGCCUCCAGAGCAACCUAAGGUAUCUGUCACAGACAGGAGCCCAGAGGUGAAAGUGAAAGUCAGUGUGAAAGAAAAAUUGAGUCCUUUAGCCAAAAUAAAGGUGCAGCAAGAAAAUUCUGAUAUGUCACAGAUUAAAGUAAAAGAACCAAAGCCCUCCGCAAUGUCUGCUUCGUCUUCUACAGCUUCUGCAUCAUCCUCCCCAGAGAAACCAAGCAGCUCUAAAAGCACACCAACAAAGGAGGAGAGAAAAGAAAAAAAUCAAAAAAGGCUGAGUUUAAAAAUGUGCGACACAGACAAUGCCUACAGCCCGUAUAGACCUUAUCGCUGUGUUCAUGAAGGAUGCACUGCAGCUUUCACCAUCCAGCAAAACUUGAUUCUCCAUUAUAGAGCCAUGCAUCAGGCAUCGCUGCCCUCAAGCAAAAUCGAAUCCGAGACAGAAAAGGUCGCUGUUGUUGAUAGACAGGAGAGCAUUGAGUGCAUAGGAAAAGAUGACGAGGUCAGGUGUCAGGUAAGAAAUUGUUCCAGGGUGUUCAUGGGUAUCACAAGGUUAGUGCAGCAUUACCUCUUACUUCACAAGUUCACCUGCGACAAAGCCACUGCCAUGAUGGCCAGUAUGACCCUAGGAACGUUUAACUGUGACCGCCCAGAAUGUGCUCUUCCUUUCAACUCCGUGGAGAAGUACAUUGAGCACAUUAAGAAUUUCCACAAAGAGAUUGCUGUGUCUGACAGAGGAUCAGUUGAUCCAACCUUCCGGUGCCAGUAUGAUGGAUGUGACCGUGUGUACACUACAAAAUCAAACCUCCUUCGCCACCUGAUCAAAAAGCAUGAUUAUAUUUAUGAUCCCAAAGCGAGCGACGGAAGACGAACUAAAUCAAUCGGGCUCUUUCCAGGGAUUAAUAACGGGAAGGAGAAUGUAGACAAUAAAUUCAAAAUGAAAAAGAAAAACACUAAAAAGAAAGACGGGAAAUCCAUUGAACACUGGACUAGUUUUGGCAAGCCUACACUAAAAACCCACGAAGAGGCAUCAGCCAUGUGCACCAAGAAGUCCCCCCUGCAGUAUCCGUGCAUGAUCAUCGGCUGCGACGCAGUAGAGCGGGCUGAAAGAAACAUAUUCAAGCAUUACACAACUCAUGGCCUCACAGAAAGAUACAUAGAAGAUCAGAGAAGUCAGUUCAUUUUCUGCAAAAAGUAUUCACGCUCCAGAUUCAAAGAUGCAAACAAAUUAGAAGGAGCAGAAAGUUCUUCUUCUGAAGAGACGGAGCUUGAGGAAAGCGUGAAGCCUAUUGAGGGGAAAACGGAGGAGACUUUGGUGGUGGAACAAGAAAAAGUCGAAGAGAAAGUCGAAGAGAAGGAGGACGCCAAGCUGUCCAACGAUGAUAGCGCAGAAUCUCAAGCUUCCAAUGGCACAGGAGUCGGACCUAAAAGGGGGCGUCCUAGAAAACCUUCACAGCCUACACCAGCAUGUCCAGAAAGGAUGCAGACCCUUAGAAACCGCUUGACUGUUAACAGUUCCGGAGAGAACUCAAAUCCCGGUACCCCUUCGACCCAAGAGCAACGAGAAGAUGGGGCUUCACCGGGAUGUUUCAAGCCUUUAGGGCUCGAGGACUCCUUCCUCAAGUUCUUGGAAACCUCAGAGACAACAGUUUCUUCUAAACGUAAAAUAAAUGAGAAACCCAAUUCUGAGGUGCCGCACAAAAGACAACAGACUCCCAAACUGAAAUCUGGAAGUAAAAGUCAAAUGACGAACGACAUUAGAGGUUGUGAGAAUCUUAUAGACUUCAGAAACCCUGUAAAGCUAAAUUCUGUGAGUAAUGUAAAAAUUGUUAUGGAUAAAACAUUUUCAGAUGGUGCUGAACUUUUACUUAAGCAGCUACAACAUAUGAGACCCACGGUUAUUAUAAAAAAGAGGAUUUUUAGUGAAUCAUAGCUCAUUUUGUUGUUGUCUUUUUGUUUCCUACCCUGUCUUACUCAGGAUUUGAGACGUUAUGCUGCAGAAUGAUUUGUUUCUUAAUGCAUCAGAUUUCCAACUGUUAACAGUCAUGGUCACAGUUAACAAUGAAAUGGCCUAUUUUGUACCUAAUUGAAAAAAUAUGUCUCUGAUGAUUUUAACUAUGUAUGUUAGUUAUAAUAACCAGGUAAGCAAUAGGGCAUAGAUUUUAGAACCAUGUUUGUAUUUAUGCUUAGUACUGAAUAUGUUUUUUUUCUUUUACUAAAUGGACACCUUUUAAAGAAAACUAUGUUUUUAUAAAUAUCCCUAUGGGAUUUCGAGUCCUGUUUGUAUUUAUUUCAUCCCUUUUCAACACUAGUAGACCUAUCUGUAAUAUUUACAUGUCUUCCACAAAGUGUUCAAUAAAAUGUUACUGGUUCUUUUUUAUAAAA